CAAGCUAGUCAUCUAGGAGUAUCAAGGAGCCAUUCCGCAACUCUUUGUGUCACCAAACGAUCCAUCACCUUGAUAAACUUGAGUCUCUGAUUCGUUUAUACAAGGAUCUAUCCAAUUCAAUCCAAAGAAGCAUCCUAGGAGUUCAUUAAGUGGUAUCAGAGCUGCUUUGGAUUGGGAAGUUUUCGAUUUCUCUUCUGUUUCAAAUAAACUUUUCAACUUCUUUGAUUACCAUUGAUAGAUCUGCGAUCUGUUGUUGUUUCUCGUAUCAUCUGAGUAGCAUAUCACCUGAUUGCUAAUCGUCUGUGUUGAAUCCUAUUAGAUCUAAGUGUUCUUAUCAUAUUUUGAAUCAAACUCAUCCGAUCCGUGUGAAGGAAGUAAUCGAAUCGCUUGAUCUGUCGAAUCACUUGCUGAAUAACUUGAUUUGUGUUGUUUCUGUGAUAGAUCUGUUCUUAUUUGUCUUGAAUCUGAUCUGCAUAAAUCCAAAAUUGAUAGAUCUAAUCUUAGUCUUGUCGAUUUGAAUUCUCUAAUCCGUGAUCUGCAAGUUUUCUAUCUUUUGAAUCUUUUGAAAGUUGUUUCCGCGUCGACUAAUUGUUCUGAUUUGAUUCUUGUGAACAUCUUACUUGUUUGAGUGUUUUCUGAAUCAGGUACCAUGGUGAGAGAGUCGGAAGAUGAAGCAGAACUCGUGAGACAGAACAAGUUAUUGAGAGAUCAGAUGACUGAGCAAUUAAACCAAACGAUGAUCACUACCGUUGCUGAUAUGAUCAAGAGCAGUAUGAAGGAACUUCGCGAUGAAAUAAGGCAAGAGAUAAGGCAAGCUACGGGCCAAGGUCAUAGCAAUGAGUCUAGACGAGAAAGACGUGAUGAAACCCCGAGAGAGCAUGCUGAAUCACAAGAAACAGACCACUACUAUGAGCGUAACCGAGCCACGCACAGCAGUUCCUCUUCUAGAGAUAGUAGAAGGAGACAUAGAAGAGAUCAUGAUGAAAGGAGAACUUACAGAGAUGAUCUUGCUGGUUUAAAGCUGAAGAUACCUCCUUUCCAUGGCAAACACUACACCAAUGCCCAAAGGAUUCAGAUAGCAGCAACUGAGUUCCAUGACUAUGCGCUGAGUUGGUGGGACCAGCUUGUGACUACCAGGAGACUUAACCAAGAGUAUCCCGUUGAAACAUGGCACGAGAUGAAGGCUCUCAUGCGUAAAAGAUUUGUGCCAAAUCACUAUCAUCGCGACUUGCACCAGAAGUUAAGAAGACUCACCCAAGGAUCUCGAUCUGUUGAAGAAUACUAUCAAGACAUGGAGCUGUUGAUGCUGAGAGCUCGUGUUUCUGAAGAUAAAGAAGCUACUAUGGCUAGGUUCUUAGGAGGUCUCAACCGAGAGAUACAAGAUAAUGUUGAGAUGCAGCACUAUGUGGAGAUAGAAGAGAUGCUUCACAAAGCUAUACUAGUUGAGCAACAAGUUAAGAGGAAGGGCCAUUCUCAUUCUCGUUACAACACCAGACUUCAGGGAACUAAAGAAGAAAAGUCUAGCUAUCAAAAGGAAAGCAAACCGCAACUGAAAGAAGACUCAAAGCCAAAUUCCUUUUACAGCAAGGAUAAAGGAAAGGCCGAGGUUUCAAGUGCAAGAGCUAGAGAUGUUAAGUGCUUUAAGUGUCAGGGUAGAGGCCAUUAUGCAAAUGAGUGCACCAAUAAAAGAAUCAUGAUUCUUCUUGAGAAUGGAGAGUAUGAAUCUGAGGAUGAGCUUUCAGAGUCUGAGUGUAAGGCGCUUAUUGAAGAAGAAUAUGAAGAAGAACCCGUGAAAGGAAGGUUAUUGGUGGCUAGAAGAACUUUGAGUUUGCAAAGUAAAGCUGAAGAGCAAGAACAGAGAGAGAAUCUAUUCUACACUCGGUGCCUUGUGCAAGGAAAGGUCUGUAGUCUUAUCAUUGAUGGAGGAAGUUGUGUGAAUGUAGCUAGUGAAACUAUGGUAAAGAAGCUUGGCCUCCAAGUACAGAAACAUCCAAAGCCCUACCGGCUUCAAUGGUUGAAUGAAGAAGGAGAAAUGAGGGUUUCUAGUCAGGUUUCGGUUCCCAUUGCAAUUGGAAGGUAUGAGGAUGAGGUUCUCUGUGAUGUAUUGCCUAUGGAAGCUGGACAUAUCCUUCUUGGUCGGCCAUGGCAAUCAGAUAGACGAGAAUUUGAAGAUGUAUUUCCUGAAGAUAAUCCAAUUGGUCUUCCACCUCUUAGAGGGAUUGAGCAUCAGAUUGAUUUUGUUCCUGGUUCUACACUUCCAAAUAGGCCAGCUUAUAGGACUAAUCCCGUGGAGACUAAAGAACUGCAAAAACAAGUUGAGGAGUUGAUGGCAAAGGGGCAUAUCCGUGAGAGCAUGAGCCCAUGUGCAGUACCAGUGCUUCUUGUGCCUAAGAAAGAUGGAAGCUGGCGCUUUGUUGUGAGUGCAGAUGGAGUAAAGGUAGAUCAAGAGAAGGUGAAAGCAAUACAAGAGUGGCCGAUUCCUAAAACCAUCAGUGAAGUGCGAAGCUUCCAUGGAUUAGCUGGCUUCUACCGACGGUUUGUAAAAGAUUUUAGCACCAUAGCCGCUCCAUUGACUGAGGUGAUCAAGAAAGAAGUUGGAUUCAAAUGGGGAGAAGCACAAGAACUUGCCUUUCAAUGCCUAAAAGAGAAGCUUACUAAUGCCCCUCUUCUUAUACUUCCUGAUUUCAAUAAAACUUUUGAAAUUGAAUGUGAUGCUUCAGGAAUUGGAAUUGGUGCUGUUCUUAUGCAGGAGAAGAGACCCAUAGCAUAUUUCAGUGAGAAACUAGGAGGAGCGACUCUCAACUAUGCUACUUAUGACAAGGAACUCUACGCUUUGGUGAGGGCUUUGCAGACAUGGCAGCAUUACCUAUGGCCCAAGGAGUUUGUCAUUCACACUGAUCAUGAGUCUCUCAAGUACCUUAAAAGCCAAAACAAACUCAGCAAGAGACACGCAAGGUGGGUUGAGUUCAUUGAGACAUUUCCUUAUGUCAUCAAGUAUAAACAAGGUAAGGAAAACAUAGUUGCUGAUGCACUAUCCAGAAGGUAUGAUGGAUUUCUUUUCUAUGAUAAUAGACUUUGUGUGCCUAAUUGUUCUUUGAGAGAUUUAUUUGUUAGGGAAUCUCAUGGAGGAAGCCUCAUGGGACAUUUUGGUGUCGCAAAAACUCUCAAGACCUUGCAGGAUCACUUCUACUGGCCGCGGAUGAAAAGAGAUGUGGAAAGACUCUGUGAAAGGUGUGCAACUUGUAAACAAGCUAAGUCCAAAGUCCAAAACCAUGGUUUGUACACGCCUUUACCCAUCCCUUAUCAUCCUUGGAAUGAUAUCUCUAUGGACUUCAUUGUUGGAUUGCCUAGAACUCGUACUGGUAAAGAUUCAAUCUUUGUGGUAGUUGAUAGAUUUUCUAAGAUGGCACACUUCAUUGCUUGUCAUAAAACUGAUGAUGCAUUGCAUGUAGCUAACUUGUUCUUUAAGGAGAUUGUGCGUUUACAUGGCAUGCCUAAGACUAUUGUAUCUGAUAGAGAUACUAAGUUCCUAAGCUACUUUUGGAAAACUCUCUGGUCUAAACUAGGCACUAAGCUAUUAUUUUCUACUACUUGUCACCCACAAACUGAUGGUCAGACUGAAGUAGUUAAUAGAACUCUUGGUACACUCUUGCGUGCAAUUAUAAAGAAGAACUUGAAAUCAUGGGAAGAUUGUUUGCCUCAUUGUGAAUUUGCAUAUAAUCAUGCUGUGCAUUCUGCUACUAAGUUUUCUCCAUUUGAAAUUGUUUAUGGGUUCAAUCCCAUCUCUCCUUUGGAUCUAAUACCUUUACCUGAGUUCUGGAUUCACCUAAGGAAAGAAAGAUUUCCUAAUGAGAGGAAAUCCAAGCUCAUGCCAAGGAUUGAUGGACCAUUUGAGAUCAUAAAGAAAAUCGGCAACAAUGCUUACAAGCUGGAUCUCCAAGGAAGGUAUGAUGUGAGCAAUAGUUUUAAUAUCACUGACUUGGUUCCUUAUUUUGCAGAUGAGCCAGAUUUGAGGACAAAUCCUUUUCAAGAGGGAGGGGAUGAUAUGAUCAUGGACCGGCACAAGGAUGGAGAUAAAGAGUUCAAAGACCAAUCAAGGGAAGAAGAUGAUGCCUUAGUCAUUCCACCAGGUCCCAUCACUCGCGCCAAAGCUAGAAGACUCAAAGAAGCUGUUGGAAGUGUCCUGGAGAGCGCAGUACUGGAUGGAUUACUAGCCGGGGUAUCUCGACAAGGUGGUGUUGAAUUACCAAAUAUGCUGCGAAAUAUGCUGCAUCAAUUCACCCAGAACCCACAGAUCAUGAACACAGUCCAACAAAUUGCUCAACAGGUGGAUGGUCAAGAGAUAGAGAAUAUGAUGCAGGCGAAACGCAAGGUCUCACGUGCUUUUAGCCAAGGAUGGUCAUCUGAAGCCCCAAUACACCAGCCUGAUGAUUAUCAACCCUUACAGGCAAACGUUCAACCCAUGGUGAACAUGAUUGAGCACUGUGAUCCACUAGAAGAUAUCUUCCAUGCAAUGGUCGAAAAUGCUGCGAUGAGUCAUGAAGACCUUGCGGACGAUCUCUGCGGUGAUUAA